CAUGUCGUAAGUGAUAUGUGCUCAGAUUCAUAUAACUUUUUCUGGAACAAACGCAAAAGUUGUUCUCUCUUGCAGCAAAAAGUGGCCUCAAUGACAAUGCCAGUGCUAGAAAAUGCAGUUGAAACCCUCUUCUCCAAAGAUUUCCACCUUCUUCAAGCUCUUAACGUAGCGGACUUGGGUUGUGCAGCGGGUCCAACCAUGUUCACUGUGAUUUCUACAAUCAAGAGAAUGAUGGAAAGGAAAUGCAGGGAAUUGAAUUGUCAAACACUGGAACUUCAGGUUUACUUGAAUGAUCUUCCUAGAAACGAUUUCAAUACCCUCUUCAAAGGCCUGUCAUCUAAGGUUGUUGGUAACAAAUGUGAGGAAGUUUCUUGUUAUGUGGUGGGAGUACCGGGGUCUUUCCAUGGCCGGCUUUUUCCUUGUAACAGCUUGCAUUUAGUUCAUUCCUGUUACAGUGUUCAUUGGCUUACUCAGGCACCAAAAGGACUCACAAGCAAAGAAGGCUUGGCAUUAAACAUGGAGAAGAUUUACAUAUCAAAGACAAGCCCUCCUGUUGUAAGAGAAGCCUACUUAUCUCAAUUUCAUGAAGAUUUCACAAUGUUUCUCAACUCUAGAUCCCAAGAGGUGGUUCCAAAUGGUUGUAUGGUGUUGAUACGUCGUGGUAGGCUAUCUUCUGAUCCUUCAGACAUGGAGAGCUGCUUUACUUGGGAACUAUUAGUCAUAGCCAUCGCUGAAUUGGUUUCACAGGGAUUGAUAGAUGAAGAUAAAUUAGACACCUUCAAUGUACCUAGCUAUUUUCCAUCACUUGAGGAAGUGAAAGACAUAGUGAAGAGGAACGGAUCAUUCACAAUUGAUCAUAUGGAGGGGUUUGAACUUGAUAGCCCACAGAUGCGAGAGAAUGAUAAAUGGGUUAGAGGGGAAAAGUUUGCCAAGGUUACCAGGGCCUUCACAGAGCCUAUAAUUUCAAACCAGUUUGGACAUGAAAUCAUUUACAAACUAUAUGAGAAGUUCACUCACAUUGUAGUUUCAAAUUUGGAAGCAAAGAUACCGAAGAACACAAGUAUCAUUCUAGUGCUUUCCAAGAUUGUUGGAUAGUUUUUUAGUGUUGUGAAAUAAAUUGUAGUCCCCAUCACAUUUAUGCUACUAGAGGGUUGUGCCAAUGUAUUGCACAAGAAGAUUUGAGAAGGGUCAAAUAUAGAAAGCUUUUUGCUCUUGUGUGGAGAGAGAAUGUUUUCUUGA